AUCAUCUCCUUUGUAGCAAGGCCUUACACUGAAGGCAGACGAUCCUCCGUUAAAAAUCGAUAUAAAUUAUUGUGAGGAGCUUUUAUUCACGAAAAAGGCAUCGACACUGUUCCUUUGAACAUUUAACCGGUCAUCGAGAAGGAUGAGUACACCCGCUGACAUGCCUAAUAGGAACAUGGAAACAUCAACGUUUCUAUCGGAAAAAGAGAAAGCCCUGGAGCUGUCCUCAUCCAAUGACACCAGCAGUUGUUCUGAUACAAUGGAAAGUGGGGAUGAGACUGCUCGUGGGAACUGGUCGGGGCGACUGGACUUCUUCCUGUCCUGUGUGGGAUAUGCUGUUGGACUGGGAAAUAUAUGGAGGUUUCCCUACCUGUGCUACAAGAGUGGGGGAGGAGCUUUUCUGAUACCCUAUGUGAUAUUCCUGAUCCUGUGUGGGAUACCCAUGUUCUUCUUAGAAGUGUCAUUUGGACAGUUUGCCAGUCUGAGUCCUGUGACCAUUUGGAGGAUAUGUCCAUUGUUUAAAGGUGUUGGGUACGGAAUGGUGAUUGUAUCGGGCAUCGUGUGUGUGUACUAUAACAUCAUCAUCACCUGGACCUUGUUUUACCUUUACCACUCCCUCCGUAUGGUGCUGCCCUGGAGUAUGUGUGACAACUGGUGGAACACGGAACACUGUUAUCUACGAACAAAUGCCAAAAACAACAUAUCUUCUCCCCAACCUCUCAACGGUUCAGCGCCUUACAACCUAACUGCAGCGGCAACAGUGGCAUUAAAAGUGUCUGCAGGAAAUGAGUCUAAUGUAUUAAAAACAACUGCAAGUGAAGAAUUCUGGCAGCGUGGAGUGCUACAGCUGUCAGAUGGUAUAGACGAUAUGGGAGACCUGCGCUGGGAUCUCCUCAUUUGUCUCUUUGUUGCCUGGGUUGUGGUGUUCCUGUGUUUGUUCAAAGGAGUCAAGUCAUCUGGAAAAGUAAUAUAUGUGACGGCCACCUUCCCGUAUCUGGUGCUGCUGGUUUUACUUGUACGCGGAGUGACAUUGCCUGGAGCAGGAGUUGGUAUCUAUUUCUACCUGGUGCCCGAUUGGAACAAACUAGCCACUUUUGAGGUUUGGGGAGACGCAGCUGUCCAGAUCUUUUACUCCGUGGGUAUGGCAUGGGGAGGUCUCAUCACCAUGGCGAGUUACAACAAGUUUCACAACAACGUGUACAGAGACGCCAUGGUCGUCCCCCUGAUCAACUGUGGUACAAGUGUGUUUGCUGGUCUGGUCAUCUUCUCUGUGUUAGGAUUUAUGGCACAUGAAACUGGAGUGGACAUCGAAAAAGUUGUUAAUCAGGGACCAGGGCUGGCAUUUGUAGCCUAUCCAGAAGCGAUAUCUAAGUUGCCGAUAUCUCCACUGUGGGCAGUUCUCUUCUUCUUGAUGUUGUUCUUUGUUGGUUUGGAUACCCAGUUUGGAAUGUUUGAAACCAUGACCAGUGCUUUCGUAGACGAGUUUCCAGAUCUACUGAAAAACAGGAAGGCCCUCUUUACUGCUUUCAUGUGCUUCAUCGAAUUUUUAUUAGGAGUCCCCUGUGUGAUGCAGGGAGGUGUGUACGUGCUACAGAUCAUGGAUUGGUAUUGCUCCACCUUUUCACUGAUGAUCCUCUCCCUAACUGAGUGUAUUGUCAUCGGCUGGAUCUAUGGGGCAGACCGUUUCUACAAGGACCUGGAGAUGAUGAUUGGGUACCAGCCGUGUGCCUGGUGGAAGAUCUGCUGGUGUUUUGUCACUCCGACCUUGAUCCUGUUUAUAUGGCUGUUCAGCGUGACCCAGCUGAGCCCUGUGACGUACGGUACCUACCACUACCCACAGUGGGCCAUAGCUCUCGGAUGGUUCCUCGGAAUGCUGUCUCUGGCUCCCAUUCCUACUUGUGCAAUCAUUGCAAUUUUACAGGAGAAAGGGCCACUGAUGUUGAGAGUGAAGAAACUGACAAAGCCAGCUGAAAACUUCGGUCCUGCCAUGCCAAAAUACCAGGAAAUGUAUUUGGAAUCUCUAGAGAAGAGGGAGUCCUUUUUACCUACCAUUGACGUUAAGUGUCGGCUGACGAGAAGGAAAACUGAAAGUGUCGAAGCAUCUUCAGAAUCUCUGAGUUUUAUCAGUUAAACAUUGAAACAAGCUAACCAAACUAGAUUCUGUAGAUUGCUUAUAUUUUGAAUAUUUGUUUUGCAUUAAGUUGCUUAAAGCAAUGAUUGCAAAUUCAAGUGUUCUCAGUGAUUGUUUUGGUUCUUGUUUUCUUUCCUUUUUUGGAAUCAUACACUGAAAUGCAACAUUAUCUCUUCUUGAAGAAGCUUGGAAACAUCAAUUUGUCAUCUUGUACCUACAUAAUUGUAAGAAAUAUACAGUAUUUAGUUCCUGUCGCUUUACUGGCACUGAUAGUGUGGCACUUAUAUAUACUGUGGCACUGACAAAUAGUGUGUCACUGAUAAUGUGGCACUUAUAUAUACUGUGGCACUUAUAUAUAAUGUGGCACUAAUAUAUAACGUGGCACUGAUAAAUAGUGUGGCACUAAUAUAUAAUGUGGCACUGAUAAAUAGUGUGGCACUUUUUAAUAAUGUGGCACUAAUAUAUACUGUGGCACUUAUAUAUAAUGUGGCACUGAUAAAUAGUGUGGCACUUAUUAAUAAUGUGGCACUAAUAUAUACUGUGGCACUUAUUAAUAAUGUGGCACUAAUAUAUAAUGUGGCACUUAUAUAAUGUGGCACUUAUAUAAUGUGGCACUUAUAUAAUGUGGCACUGAUAAAUAGUGUGGCACUGAUAAUGUGGCACUUAUUAAUAAUGUGGCACUAAUAUAUACUGACACUUAUAUAA